ACGACCCCAAAGCUUCGAGGCCAAAUCGCCGUCCAAACUCCGAAGUCGUCUCCCUCCGCACGCACCGAAUUCUCCUAGCGUAGCGCAGGACCGCUUCUCCGCGUCCUCCCCCUCCGCCGCGCACCCGCGCCUCCUUCCCGGAGUACUUUUGGAACCGGGACCCCUCGCACAGGCUUUUAAUGAGUUGGUACUCCUCCGUCAACAAGCAAUCUGAGGAGGCAGGCGGCUUCAUCAUGGUGACGUCGAUGGAAGGAAAAAUGAGAAUGUUGACACAUCCAGUGUAGAUUCCCUCAAUGAACCUUUACUCGGGGCUAGCUAUGACAAUGGUGGAUCAGAGUUUAUGUUCCUAGUAGGCAGGGCUUGUGGGGUGACUAUAGAAAGAAGGAGCAACUACACUGCAAAUAUUAUUGCAAGCGCAGGAUCAAUUUUUGGUAGAUUAUUCCCCUUCUCAUCGGAUAAUCCAGUAUAUAUUAGCCCUUUGCAGGAAGAAAAGAUGAAUACAUUGAGAUGCAGAUUGCAAAUCCCUUUUGAUGGCUCCCGUAUUGAACAUCAAGAUGCCUUGAGACAACUCUGGCAUUUGGCUUACCCCACUCGCGAGGUUCCUCCCCUGAAAUCAGAAUUGUGGAGGGAGAUGGGUUGGCAAGGCACUGAUCCAGUUACUGAUUUCAGGAGCGGUGGAUUCAUAUCUUUGGAGAACCUCAUCUUCUUCGCUAGGAAUUACCCUAAUCCCUUUCAGAUGCUUCUGAACAAAGUGCAAGGGCAGAGAGCAGAUUGGGAGUACCCUUUUGCAGUUGCUGGUAUCAACAUUUCCUUCAUGCUGGUCCAGAUGUUGGAUCUACAGUCAACUGUUCCAUCUUCAAAAUCUGGAAUUCGUUUCCUUGAACUGCUUGGAAGAGAUGAGAAUGCGUUUGAUCACCUGUAUUGUGUGGCCUUUCGGCUGCUUGAUGCGCAAUGGCUUGUGAGACGUGCCUCUUAUAUGGAAUUCAAUGAGGUCUUGAAAUCUACAAGAACUCAAUUGGAGCGUGAAUUAGUUUUAGAGGAUGUACUGGCGGUGAAGGACCUGCCGUCGUACGCUAUGCUAGACAAGUGAAAACUGAGCUGUUGCAUUUGGAUUUCAGAGAACUGACUAUGCUGGUGUGAUGGGUCACGGUUAUACUUAUACAUUGAUAUCUUGGUGCAUAUGUUGUCUUGUUGCAGAUCGAGAGGCGUAUUUGAGGCCUUAUCCACGAUUCAUUGUGCAUAUUGUGAAUUAGUUUCUGUUCCUUUCAAACUUGCUGGUUCAAGGAAAUAAGGCAAUAAGUUUCAUUUUCAUCUAUUUAUAUAUUUUGAACCGUGAAGCAUUAGCAUUUAGCAGACCCAAAUAAAACCACUAGUGGUUGUGAAUCCGUACUGUGUCUAAACACAGGGACCAGAUUGAUUUUCCUCAUCGAUAAACUUCAGGCCUUUAUUGUAGUGUAUUUUUUGGGCAGAAUUAUGAACGAAUAUUCGUGUAAGAAAAUUUUAGAUGCAGUACUUUUGAAAUUUGAACA